AUAAGAUUGAAAAUUCUACCAGAUGUGAUUUUGCAUAAUAAAUUUGGGGGUUUAUUUUUGAUUAUUUUCCUCCAUUUAUUCCCGAUUUUGACCGUUUCACUGAAACCAUACCAUAGAUAAAUACCAAGUAAUAUUAUACAGUGACUGGCGGAGGCGGUCUUGUAAUUUUUCCACUAAUCAUGGACGAUAACUUACUACUAACCUACUAACCAAUAACCACGGACCUUCUGUAUAGUGUAUUCAUUUUCCAUUUCACUAUUCGCCAUUUGUUUUGCCGCUGAGAAAUUAUAAAAAACGUUCUCGUCCGUAUUAUUACUAUUAGCCGACUGUCGUCCAUCAAUCAUUUGCCGCAUUUAAUAACUAUCAAAGUAAGUAUACAAAUAUAACUAUGUUUUGAAAUAAAUCUGUGAUUUGGAAUCCUAUAUAUUGGGUAUGUAUUGGUAAAUAUUGGUGGAAGUACCUAUAUUACAAACUGCAAUCACGAGGUACUUAUUGAAUGUCAAAUACGCAACCGGCUGAUUGCGUUAUUUGAGAUUUCGAGACGAGUAUAAUAAUAGGCACCCUUUUUAUUUUCACGUCAGUAAAUUAAUGGAAUUUAAUACGCUUUAAAAAAUGUUUGCUUGCUGUUAUAAAAGUUAACAUCUGAAUCACUGAUACUUCAUUAUAGUAGUUUAGUUAAUUAGUAGUUCGCACUAGUAAUUUUUUUUCUGUAGUUGAAUUAUGGCUCGUACUAAGCAGACAGCGCGCAAGUCUACUGGUGGCAAAGCUCCCCGGAAACAGUUGGCGACAAAAGCUGCUAGGAAAAGUGCGCCGAACACUGGUGGCGUGAAGAAGCCUCAUCGUUACCGCCCGGGAACUGUCGCUCUCCGUGAAAUCCGCCGGUAUCAGAAAUCUACUGAGUUGCUGAUCCGCAAAUUGCCCUUCCAACGUUUGGUCCGUGAAAUCGCACAAGAUUUCAAAACUGAUCUGCGUUUUCAGAGUGCAGCUAUCGGGGCGUUACAAGUUUGUUUUUUAAUUUUAAAAUGUUUAUAGAUACUAUACCUACGUACCGUCCUGUACAUAAGUAUUUCAGUUCAUUAAUAAUUUUCACCUAAUAGGUAUGUUUUUCUUAUUUUCUAUAAUCAAUCUUAGUAUUAGUAUGCGAAAAUCCUCCAAUUUUCUCUAUUAUCUAUUUUCUUUCUAACUUUUAUUGGUAAAAAUCUACUUUGCUGUCAUAUGAAUUUUGAUUCAUCAUUAUUUGUUGCAUAUCAUAGCUAAUAUAAAAUAUAAACUAUAUUUAAUUUUGUUUUUAAUUAAGAAUUAUGUGUUAAAUGGUUCUAUUUUUGAUGCCAAUUUGCCACCUCUUUUGGACAUAAAUAGGAAUGAAAUAAUGCAUUUAUAAAUAUGUGUUAUUUAUUUAUAUUUACAUAAAGCAACAUUUUUAACCAUCAUCACUCAUACUGUUUCCAUUAUCACAUGGUAAUUUUUUUCAAGUUCUGUUUCUUAUAUGUAUUGUAUUAGUAAUUAAAUUAAAACCAACUUAGAUGUAAAUAAUUGGUUUCCAAGUUAUUUAAACUAUUUUUAUAAAUACAAUUAUUCUCAAUCAAUUCUUAAAAACUACCUUGAAAAAAAUUUUAAUUACCUAUAAAUUUUUAUCGUUAUUUUAUUAUUUAGCUUAUUGAGCAUAGCAAUCCGGACACACAUUGACUAAAUGAUAACAAAUGUUUUUGUGCUUUUAUUGUUUCAAAAAGAACAUCAUAAAAAUAAGAAAAAAAAACUCAAAAUUAAUUACUUACAUGUGAUAAAUUAUUUCCAAACACUAAUUCCAAUCACUUUAUGCACUUCUACAAACUGAAUAAAAACCAAGAUAACACAAAACUAAUUACAUUUUAUCUAUAAAAUGAUUAAUUAAUUAAUAACACAUUAUUUGAGGCUAUAGAAAUGUACAAAUAUUUAUAUUCACAAUAACAUUCAUAAACUUAUAAAUACAAAUAAGCUAGAGUCAUUAUUUACUCUGUGUGUUAACUAAUCCACACAUCCUCUUAGGCCUUCUAUAAUUAAUCCAAGCAUCUCACCAUACCAAGUACAAUAAUUUAUCAAUUCCUUGAUAAUUUUACGGAGAGUUCUUCAUGUUAUUUUAUUUUUUUCGUAUUCAAUGAUUUAUCUUUAUUUUAUGAUAUUUACCAGGAGGCCAGUGAAUCAUACUUAGUAGGACUGUUUGAGGACACCAACUUAUGCGCCAUUCAUGCCAAACGUGUGACCAUCAUGCCAAAAGACAUUCAAUUGGCAAGACGUAUCCGAGGCGAACGAGCUUAAUUUGUGUUCUAAAUUAAUCAAACCUUUUUCAAUUCAGUUAUUCGUAUGAUUUUUAUUUUUUUUGUAUUAUUCUACACACAUUUCUUUUCAGAUUAUCCAUAAUCGUUUGUAGGUUUUGUAUUAAUAGUUAAUUGAUUCAUUUUUAGUUUGUUAUAUUUUGUAAUCAUACCAUUGUGUGAUUAUUAUACCUUAUUUCGUGGGUUGAAACAUUUGUUCUAACCUCUUCAGGUGUGCCUCUAUAGGUAAAUCAUAACUAUAAUUAUUUUUUUUAUGCAUAAUUGAUUAGAUUAUCUUAGGA